UAGCAAUAAACCUGAUUGGUCUGCUUGACGAUGACAUCACACAACUGGGAGUGUAUACACACUGCAGGUAGUGAAUCACAUUCACUUUGUUUUCAAAUCAGAUUACGGAUACCACCUUUUGACCUUUGCAAGGACAUCUUGAACUUUGAAGUUGAAACUUGAAAAUGGCAUCAGAAUCCAACAUCCAGAAAUCUGACCGUCGCAUCGUUCACUGCCUGCUGUGUGAAAAACCACAGGAAAUGCUGACGACGCACCUGAGCAGGGUCUGCAUGAGGAAUAGUACACCCGAAGAACGGCUGGAGGAGGCGAACAGGGCCAAGGAGUCCACCAAGGCGUGGACACGGGAAGCCAGAAACUGGGACUACAAGGAGAUGGUUAAACGUUACCCCCACAGACCAUCUAGGCUGGCUCUUCUGGAAGAGCUGCGUCAAAGAAAGUUUUUCGUGGCCAACGCUCCUAACCAGGCAGACCUGGAACCCGAAGAGCCGUCCAGCAGCACAGCUGUCGUUCCCACAGCCAGUGGCCUUUCUGGAGCAGCCGGUGGUGUCUUGGUUUCGGAGGACAGCAGCUCUGAAGGCAGCACCACCGAUCCAAGUGACCGAACAUGGCAAGGAGAUCAAGCACAGACGAGCCCAGGUGUCCGGGUCAAAAUGAUGAACAUGGGGCUCUAUCAAAAAUUCCCUGCAGAAGAGGCCAUGUUGACAGACUUCAAGGGCUACUUGAUCAACACCCUGCAGGUCACAAACUGCCAGCAGGUGAUAGACAACGUCUCCAGGAUGCUGAGAUACAUCCAGCCAAGUGGGGAUGAAGUCACCUUAGACUUCCUGCUAAAGUCCACUGAGACCAAGGACUUCCUCACCCAACUCCGGCGCGCUGACAUGGGCCCAGCCACCAUACUGAACUACAUCAAGAACAUGAUCCGGUUUGUUCAGUAUCUGAAGACCCACCUCAACUUGGUUGCAGCAGAUGCUGACUUCUACAGGAAGUGCCAAGCCUACAUCGACCUCCUCACUACCCUCAGAAAGCCAGUUUCCAGGUCGAACAGCAAGGUCACUUGUAAAAUCAGGUAUGAACGGUUCCUUGAGGGUGAGAAGAGCCUUCAGGAGUGCCAGGCAGUCCUCCGGAAGGCCAAGAAAGACAUGCUGUCCGUUUAUGGGAGGAUGCUGGAAGGUGACCACGUGUCUUCAGAGGAAAAGACCAUUUUCCGCUACUACUGUGAAGCAAUCCUGAUCCUCGGUCACUUCCAGAGACCAGGAGCGGUGGAGGGAUUAACUACAGCAGAGUGGGAUGAACGGAAAAAUUCUGGGGGAAAGGUGUGUGUGGCUGUCAGCGAACACAAGACUGCCCUAACAAUGGAGGAGGCAGCAAUGCUGGACGCAUACUACACCUGGAUCCGCCCUGACUGCAUCCAGCCGGAUGUAGAUCAUGGAAACAGGUUGUUUGUUUCAACAUCGGGCACGAAGAUCAGGAGUGCAACCAAUGACCUCUGUCGUCUGCACGCACACUACAAACUGCCCAACAUCAAAAGCCAGCAGGUACGCAGGAGCGUGGAGACAGAUGCGGCUGCAAACCUCACAGAGGAGCAGAAGGCGUCUGUCGCACACUACAUGGCCCAUUCGACGGCGGUGGCAAAUAAAUACUACCGAAUGAAGCCCCUGGAGUUUGUGGUGGCGACCGCAAACCUGCUCAACUCCCUGAGUCGCGACUCUGCUGAAGAUGGCGCCCGGGCAGAGAAGAGAAGGCGAGUGGAAGAAGAGGUGAGCAGCCCAACACCGGACUUGGACGUUUUCCUACAGGCCUUCCCUGUAGGAAUCACUGGCCAGCCACCCAACAAAACCCAGAGAGCAAAAGCUGGGUUCCCCACCGACAGAGUCUUCUACGACAAGUGGAGAGCUCUGCAGUACAGCAAGCGCGAGCAACAUCUUUUGUCAAAAUGCUCAAGAUGUGCCCCGACUGCAGCGAAGGUGGCUAAAGUCAUAGAGGCAGAGGGGUGGACGGCCAAUCAUCCCCGUCCAGAGGACGUCAUUGCGAAGUGGAGGCCGCUCAGCAGAGCACAGGCACAGAGUGACCCAGCCAUCAUCAGGGGGGUGACCCGUCAGAAAUGGUCGGGUCUGGCUGUGAAGGAUUUUGGGGGGCAGAAAGGAGUUGUUGCAACCAAGGCCUUCGGGAAGGGCUCCAUCCUGUGUGAUUUCCACGGAAAGGUGAUCAUGGGUGCUGAGGGCAGGGAGAUGGCAGAGAUGCAGGAUAAGCUGGGCCACCUGUUUUUCUUUAAACAUGGGAGUGAGGAAGUCUGCAUCGAUGCGGAGACCUUCCCCUGUGAGUGCCACCCGUCUCUGGAAACCAAAGGGAGAUUGAUUACGCACUCCAAGAAGAAGUUCAACGUGCAGCCACGCCUCUGCACAGUGAAGCUGCAAGAAGGAGACAGGGACGUCAUGCUCUUUCAGGCCACAAAGGACAUUUCCAAAGAUGAGAAGAUCCGCUUCAACCACAGCAUAAAGAAGAGGUCUUUUCGUGGGGAGGAAGAGGAGCUGGAGUGGCUGGAUGAUUGACAACCUCCCCGGACAGACUCUAUUACGUUCUAUUGUAUUAUAUUGUACCAAGACAUGGGCUAAUUUAUCCUGCUGUUAAUUUGUCACCAGCUGCCAGGUUGUCUUAGAAUUGUGGGCCUGGGCUUGCAGGAUAGACGAACAGCUAAGCUUUUAAUGUGUGUAUUAAUCAUUAACCAUAUAUUUGAAAAUGUUGGGCAGAAAUACAUACGAAAACUUUAAGGUCUGACCUCUGACCCCAGGCAGACAGGCCUGCUAAAUUGAAUACACUGUGACACUGAUCAUUUACUUGCUUAGUAGUAUUCAUUUAUUCCAAAAAAGAAAUGUUGUUCUGAUUGUCUAGUUUGAAUACCAACUCAAGAGUCAUUGCAGAGCAUCUUUAUGACAACAUGUCAAUAAAGUUUUUAUUUGAUAUAUUUAUGGUUUAACUUCAUUUUUUUCCUUUUAUUAGGAGGUAUAGGGGGUGAAAUGAAAAUCAAUACAAGUAUAAAAAUGUUAACUAUAUAUUCAGUUUAAUAAUGUUGUAAGGUAUAAUGUAUAAACUGCUGGUGGGGGAAGUGUUAAUAAUUUGACUUGAUACUAUUUUAUUAACAAGACUAAUCAAAGGUUACCGCAAGUAUAAAGUUAAUUUUUUGGGUGUGACCAGGAGAAAAUUCUCCCCAGGUGAUUUAUUGUUAACCUGGUCUAACCGAAGAGGGCAGAUUUGUGCCUGACUCUUAGGCCUGGCUCUCUCUUCAACUUGACCACAUUUACUUCAGUGAUUGGGUAAUAUAUAGCCUAGAUUCUGGCCUUUCACUUGAGACCAACAUCGUUCACUUGGAAACAUGUGGCGCCUGUCAGGGUACUGUUGAGUUGGGCCUAAAUUUGCCUCUUUCCAGAGGCCCGCUGUCAAGAACAGACAACAACUUAGCACCAUCUAUGUGCUUUUCAUAGUUUUUUAACAAAUUUUGAAUGUUGAUAUGUUUUAGAGUUUACUGAAAUGGUUGUUUAUAUAUGUAUAUGUUUAUAAAAUGUAUUUAUUUAUUGUAUUUUGUUAUUGCACUACCUGUGUAUGUAAAUAUAUAUUUGUUCCU